UUUAGUUACUGCUGUUCUAUUCAGGGGAGAGGCACUCGCACUACACAAGCAACAUAACCCGAGAUUCCCAGCUAUAAUUCGUAGUCGCCGAUAAUAAUUUUCUCAGACCCAACAAAUUAAGUCGCCGAUAAUAUAGUUUUACAGAUUCCCAGAUUCCAUUCAGUCAAGAGUCAAGACAAGAAGCUGGAGUUUCUAAUAAGAAAAAUGAUUACAGUGACGAGAGGAGAAUUUUCUUCAGUAGCUAGUCCGCAAGAUUGGGACAGUCAGUGAGAGCAGAUUUUGAUUUUAAAAUUGUCUGUGUGUGACAAAUCAACUUGAAAGUCACCGAUAAUAGUUUUCUCAACAGGUGCCAUAUUAGACCAGCCUAACUUCCAGAAGAACCCAACUGUAAUUUGCUAUUUUUCCUGCCUGAAGUCUUAUACUUUCGUGCAAUUCAUGCAAUCCAGUUAUCUUCUGCCGGGUACUCUCUGGUGCACCUGUGUAGCUCCAUUACUUCCUACUAGUUCAACUCAGAAAGGUUGGGCUUUGCAUAUGCUUCAACAAUGCACUUCGGAGGCAGCUCUUGCGGAUUGAUCACUGAAGAUGGGAGAGAUAGUCAGUUCUGCCAUUGUUACCGAGACAGUGAACAAAAUCAUAUCUGGCAUGAUUGACAAUUAUGAGCAAAAAUUAAGUGCAGACGAGCUGAUGGAGAGGCUGGAGAUGGCACAAAUCAAGUUGGAGCUUGCACUUGAGACAUCCAGUAAGUGGCAGAUCACGAGUGAGCCGUUGCUGCGUUGGCAGAAGAAGCUGAAGCGUGCUACUGAAGAGUGUGAUGACACACUACGCAAGUGCAGGCAGCAUGUCCAGGAAGAAGAGGAGAAGGAACAGCAAGUAAGGAAUUCCUCCUUUCCUAGGCGAAUUGCCUGUGCCACCAAAUCACUGAUAUCAUCCAUCUUUCACGGCAAUAUCGACGAGCCAAGUAGAUCAACUGUUCAAAGAUUUGAGUGGUUUGCUAAGGGAGCUGAUGACUUUCUGAAAUCUCUGGAGUUUGGAGGGACACCUCGCCGUUACUUGUUCUUUGACCCUCUUAUCGGGCACCUUCUUGCUGGUGAAACACUUGAGUACAAAUUUGUGCAGGGAAACAAGCAGCAUUUGUUUUGGAUACGGCCCAAUGACAUUGCAGAUCGAGGAGUAGAAGCUAAGUUGAUCUUUGUUUACAACGAUUGCAGUGCACCUGAGAAUAACUUUUUCCUCGGUAUGAUGCUACAAAUUUCAGAGAGUACAAACAUAAUUGGCACUAUAAUUAAGUGCUUGCAAUGGUUUACCCCUCAUUUCAAGUCUACAACUGAAACUGUUAGGAAGGAACUUGCUCAGCUCCCUACACAAGACUUCUCCUGGGUGUCACAUUAUCGUUCAUACCAUUGGGACAACAUUCAUGGUAUAGCUACUAAGUGGUUCCGCCCAAACCCAAUAUGCUGCAAACAUCAAGAUCAGAGCAUGUGUGGGAGUGGCAGCAUGGACAAGGCAGAACUGCUAGAUGUUUCUCUUCAACCAAUCAUUGAAGUGUAUUUGGAGCGUCAAAUCACACAAUUUAGAUGCAACAGUCAGAGGGCAGCUAUACAAGGAAAAAACAAUAAACAGAGAGCAGCUGUACGAGGAAAAAGAUGUUAUCCAAGAAGGCCUUCACAUCUGAAACUUGGGGUUCUUUUUUUGCCUCAUAGCUCUUCAAAUGACCUUCUGCCUGCAGCUGAGAGUUCUGCAGUAGAGGUGAUCAAUGGCGAGGAGCAGCCUUGGUAUCACAGAAACAUUACCCUGGAACAGCUAGACAAGGUCAUGCUGCCAAAGGCAAUAGGUAGCAUCAAUCAGAAUUCUGAAGCAACAGCACACCAGCUUCUCUGGAAGUCAAAACAUGAAGCUGCAUUCUUUCAUUUGGGGAAGACGAGAAUGAAUAUGCCGAGCACAUUGAGCACUGCUAGGGAAGCAACUGUGUCGAGACGACAGGAACUUGAUCUGGAGAGCCGGGCAGAUGUGAUCUCUGAGUUCCUCAAGUUGUGGGUUGAGCGUGCGCCUGUCCAGAUGCAGCGCUCAAUUGUAGACUGGAUUCAGAAAGAGAAGGAAGUGCAGUUAGCGCCAACACCAUUCUAGAAUUCUAGAUCAUGUAAGAGAGAUCGAUGAGGGUAACAAGGGGAAUGGAUAGGAAGUUCUUCAUGAUGAGAAAUGAGCCUUGUUCAGUCUUAAUUUCUAAGCCAGCAAUAACUUGGUAUGUACAAUAGGGUUUCAUGAAAGUGAAGCACAGUCUGUUCAGCUCAGCAUAUAAGCAAGCUGGUAAUAACAUGGUGUUGAAAUAUUACGCAAGAAAUCCGUUCACUGGAUGGGUAAUCGUUCUUUUUAUCUGAAUUUUUCUUGUCUAAUCUUUUGCCAUCAUUGAAAGUGUGAUGAUGAUAUUGAUAUAUAGUUUA